AUGGACCAGGACCAAGACCAGCAACAUCACCAGCAGCAGCAGCAGCAUCAAACCCCUCGACCUCUCCCCGGCAAUGGCAUGAUUGACACAAUCACCCGCUACCCCUUUCUUCAGCACCCUACAGACGCCAACCUGGGCCAGUGGGCCACAGCAGCAGCACCAUUAGUCACGGGGAACCAGGCCGCUGCCCUCAUCUACCACACCACCAGCCACGCCGCCGGCAUCUCCCACCAUCUCGCCAGCCAUGGCAUCACUCCCACCCCAAGACAGGACCUAGUCCAGUCCCAUCUCGCUUUCCUUCGGAACCAAUGGCCUAAUGGCCAGUGGUACCCCCUUUCCUGUACCCCCUCCAUCGACCCACCACCUCUCGAAGUCCUCACCCCUAUGAAGACCCUUACCGAGCUCUGGACCCGUCAGGCUAGGGGCCGCCCGCUGUCCGACCUCUGGGCCGUGUCCCCGGACCCAACCCAAUGCGGCAUCAUUCGCCAGAUCGUCUACAACACCCGCAGCAGGUUUCUUACAAGACGAGUCGCCGAAGCCGCCCUGCGCCGUGCGAAAGCGCUUUUCGCCGUGCCGGUGCCUCCAGUCAAGUCCAAGUCUGCUCCUCCUCCUCCUCCAAAAGCUCCGGUCAAGUCCGAGUCCGAGCUCGAGCUCGAGGCGCCGCGCUCUGGCUUACCAAUACCUGCCGAAGACCUCACUUCCUCUCCACUCCGACAGUCCAAGACCACGCCCGCCGACCAUCUCGCCCUCUCGCUGAAGCGCCAAUCUUCGCCAUCCCCGCCGCCGAUGCCUGAAUGCGACGAAGAAGAUGAGUCCGACGUGUCUGUAGAUGGCGUUCUAAGAGACCUCUUUGCACAACCAGGGAUUCCGCUAGGCCCUACGUCCAAAAAGUUCAAGAUGAUUCGAGAGGCCGGUUUAGCUGCCGCCAAGGAGAAGAAGGACAAGGUCGAUGCUGCCGCACGCCGUCGCCGUUCCGCCGAGAAAGAGGCCACUGCCAACGCCGCCGCCGCUGCAGCUGCUGCCAAUAUUGGGAAAGAGGGCCUAGACGCCGAUGAAAUUGAUGACAUAGCUCAUGUCCUGGGUGAUGCCGCAGCAAAAGCCGUGUCGCGGGCCGCCAAGCGCCACUUUGCGCAUCUGUUGCCCUCGGGCAGGCGAGCAGUCAUGACGAAGCGUGCAAGGAGGAAGAUUGAGGAGAUGGUAUCGGAGUAUUUGUAA